AAAUUUCAAAUUUUUUUUGACCGGCGAACGAGAUAGACGUGUGCGCGGACGUCGGCUCUCCGUACCGGCAAAACACACCUUCGAAUCGAAGCUCGAACGACGUAACGACGGCCAAGCCGGCACCCCGAAGUCACCUGGCGGCUGGCAUUCACUCGUGUGCGGCGUGCUAAUUGUGCAAGGGCGAAUAGAAUUAAAAAUAAAAUAAAUAAUAUAAUAAUAGUUCUGGGCGAAAGAGCGGCCUAAUAUAAUACGGCCCAAUAAACCAGUUCAACCAAACUAGUUUGUGUAUGUGCGUGUGGGAAUAGCCGAAAAUACAAAAAGAGCCAAGGAAUUCGGGCCGACAAGCAGACAAUAGCUAGGAGGCUGCGGCAGCGCGAGGAUUCAACUCCAGAAGUUGCUCGACCAGUUUUCGGAGUCGUUUUUGUGUGCGUUCGUGCGGCUUAGUCGGCUCAGCUUAGUCUGUUUUGUUUUGCUGAGCGCAGUGUCGUGGGAGCGCAGGAGGGGCAUGAGGAGCAGCUAGUGACCACCAGAUAGAGCCAGAGAGCCAGCGAGCCAGCUAGCCAGCGCGAUGCCCUUCAUCCAGCGCGUGGUGCAGCCGGUGAACGUGGCCCAGGCCACCGCAGCCAGUCUGGGCCAUGCCGGCGGACGUUUCCACUGCACGCCGGGCAAGUGCCGGAACAACAACUGCAUCAACAAGCAGUCCCCGGAUGCGGAGGCCCCCACCACAGCCCUGGGGUCGCCCACCUCCCUCACCCGGGCGCUGGUCCACAACCACCACAACGGGAUGGAUGACGCGGAGGAGCCCCAGCCGCCGGCCGCCGCGCCCAUGAAGAAGCUGAAACAACACGUCGAGUUCCUCUCCACUUCCCCCACUCGCGUCCAGUCGCAGUCGCUGCCCAACUCGCGCCACCCCAGCCAGCAACGGCCGGCGCUGGCCAGGAUCGCCAGCGCCCCGCAGUCGCCCACCGCCGGCGGAGCCUCCUCCAAGGUGAUAUCCGGGCACGAGUUCGACUCGAUCAGCAACAUCACCCUGAGCAACGCCCUGCGCCAGCUGGCCAGCCUGGUGCUCAUCGCCAGCGACAUCUUCGACGACCUGCAGCGGGACCUGCAGGCGGUGGGCGAGCGGGCGGGCCGCGUCCAGCGCAAGAUAGCGGCGGUGGAGCGACGCGUCUGUGCCUUUGACCCGAAAACGGUCACAGUUCCUGAAAGCGACCUGCUCACCUUCGCACAGCGCAAGCUUCACUACGAGACGGACAAGUCAUUCCAGAAGGAGCUCUUCACCAGCGACACCCGACCCCAGAGCGUCCGGCAGCUGUACACGGAGGCCGGCAAGGAGCUGCCCGUCUCCGCCGGGGCCACGGCCGGAGCUCUGGCCUCCCUGGCCCACUCCCAGGCCCUCACCCCGCCCCGAUCCAUCUCCUUCAACGGCGAGGUCCUGUCCAGCGACAACGAAGUCCUGCAGCUGAACGGCUCCGCGGGAGCAGAGGAUCAGCUCCUGUGCAUUUCGGAGUUCGGGAACGCCAACCGCAAGCUGCGCACGCGCAUCGACGCCGAAAUCGAGAUCCGCCUGCCCGCCGCCAUCGAGGAUCUGCGGAAGUGGACAUCCAGCGAGGCGCUGGGUGAUGUCACCGUCACGCCGGAUUGCAUGCACCAUGUGGACACCUCGGUGAGCACCUCCCUGGCCAUCGGCGACAACGGCCUCCUGACACCGGCCCUCUCUCCGUCCGUCCUCUCCGCCGACGCCGUGGACGCCAUGUACGCCCAGAACCUGAGCCAGGCGGCGGACAGCUCCCAGCACCACCAGUCCCGGAGCAACCACCACCCACAGGCCCUGCUGCCGAACGAUAUCAAUAAAGACGUGCCUUUGAAUCAUCGCCUGCCCUCGCCCGAGGAACAAACCAAACUGAUUGCCUUAAAAUACCCCGCCGAAGUGAUUUCGGUAAACACCAGCGGGAAGCACUUCCAGCGGAUGUGUGCGGCACGAAAGUCCACCAGUGGAUGCUACGCGGGUGGCACCACCGCCGCCGCCGGGUCCUCGAGCAGCGCCUCGCCGGAGAACGGCGGCCAGGCGGAGGGCAACAACCUGGACGACAACGUCCAGACCGUAAGCCGGCGCUCCAGGUCCCGGAAAGUGCGCGGCAAGCGAAGGAACACCAUAGCCGGAAUCGACCAGAAGGAGAUCCAGGACGCGGCCAAUGGCAAUGGGGAGUCGAAGAAUGCCUCGAAUGCCACCUCGCCCGUGGCGCCCGCCUCCAGCCACCAGACAUCCUCCGCCUCCGCCUCCACCGCGGCCUCGGACGCCAAGAAGUCGUCGUCGAAGAAGUUCGGCCGGAGCAAGUCCAGCGACAUCUUAAAAAAGGAAUCUGCUGCCUUGCCCUACGACAAGGGCAAGAGCACCCUCACCCGGCUGAACUCCCUGAAGCAGUGGGGCCGCAACCGGUUCAAGUUCAUGCAACGCACUGGGGACCUGGUCGCCGACCAGCUCGACACCAGCGGCUGCAGCUCCCAGAACAGCAGCUCCUCGGGGGCCGACAAGAAGGAACAUCAUGGGGAAUCCGGACAUGGCGAGAAGCCCAAGCGGGACAUCGACGACGAGUGUGUGGUGCAUCAUUUGGUGGCCCAGAAGAGUGAAUCUCGGUUUUCGCACGAACGAAAGCCCUCGUAUUCCUCCUCGGAGAAGAGCAUGAGUGUGUCCAGCACUGGCCAGCUGCGAGGCAGACUCCAGCCGGUGGGCUCCCUGGCGGCGGCGCAUGUCAAGAUGCGGGAGACGGCCACCCUGAAUCGCCAGCGACGCAACGGCCUCCACGCCCUGGCCGGCAAGGAGGAGCAGCCGCACUCGUCCAGCGGCAACUGGAGUGCCAGCUCGGAGUCCGGGCGUGCCUCCAUCGGCAGCGAGAUCACCAUGCAGCCCAAGUCGAGUGCCUCGAGCACUUCCCUCAAUGUCUCCAGCUUCCAGCCGGGCGGAGCAGGCAGUGGCCCGCCUUCGUCCAUGCUGAGUAGGAGGCGUUUCCUGAACACCUCCGCCUCGAGCAGUGUGACCGGAAGCGAGGGCACUGCCACUCCGGAACUCCAGGGCGAAGCUGGAGGCUAUCCCGGUCAUCUCGACGACGAAACAAGCUCCGCCUACAGCUGCGACACGGAGGGCUACUACACCUCCUUUCACAUGGACAGCGGCCUGCGCACCCUCAAGGAGGAGGAGCCAUCGGCGGUGAACGGCACUCCGCUCCAGACCAGCCUUCACACCAGUAGCUACUCCUUCGGCAGCCAGUCCAACCAGACGGUACUGAACGCAGAGAACGAGUACGAGCUGUUCGGCAAGGGAUCCACGUCGACGACCACCAGCUCGGCGGGCACGGUCUGCACAGUGGCUCUGCUGAGCGGAGCUGUGACCGGGCCGGAUGUCCCGGAGCGGAGCAGCUCGCUGGGCAAGCACAGUGGGCAGAGCCGGAGCCAGAGCACCAGUGCCAGCAGCAGCACCCUGGAGAGGAGCUACAGCAGCAGCACCAUAGGCAGCACCCUGGAGCGCACCGGCACCAUCAAGAGGAAUGUGAAGAUGUCGCCGGCCAAGGGCGGAGCCACGGAAAUCGAGGAGAAGGAGAUGGAGGAGAAGCGGCAGCAGGAGCAGGACCAGCAGCAACUGGAGUUCUCGGAGAGCUCCGACCUGGAGGGAGUGGAGCGCAUAGAGCGCAUCAAGCAGAAGACAGCCAUCAGCUCCAAGCGGAUACCCUCCAUGUGCAUCAUUACGCCCACGACCAGCGACGACGACGAGCACCAGACGAAGCGCGGCCAGGAGGAUCUGAACCGCACUCUUACCAUUGAUGUGGACCAGGACGCCGAGGGCGAGGAGGAGCAGAAGACCCCCACAAACGCCAGCAAGGACCACAACCUCAACGAGCUUAAGCAGACGCCCACGAAAGCCCUCAGCGGGAUGUUCGAAAAGCUAAGGGUGAAACUGGCGCCCGGCAAAAGCUCGCCCACCAAAGGAUCUGGUUCACUGCCAAGUCCCAAGCCCGCCAACUCGAGUGCCGUGAACAACGACGAGCUUUACGACUUGGCCGGCGAGUACGUCACCAUAGCCGACAUCAGCAACAACAACAACAACAACCAGAACCAACGACCCAAGGUGGCUGCCACGGGAAUGGGCAUUUACUAUUCCAAUGACAUAGUUACACGGAGAGCGCCAGUCGCCGUAUCCGAGUAUGUGUCGUUGAACGAGCUGCCCCAGCACUUGCGUCGGCAUGCAGUCUCGUCGGAAACUCCGUCGAAAGAGAGCCAUAGCCAGAGCCAGAGCCGGGCCUGCGCACAACCACCCUACGAGUGUGAGCCGGCGGCAGCAGCUGUCGCCGUAGCUGGGCAAGCGGAGCAACCACCACGGCAGCAGCGAGCCACGGGGGGAGGCGGCGAGGGUGCUGGUAUACCAAUGUAUGCGGAAAUCGGCGAACUGAGCGAGGAGAAGCCGCUCGCGACGACGGCACAGCGACGACUGCGUCCGAACGCCGAGGGGAGGGUCGUAUACGACUCCGACAGUCUGAAGCGGCGCAAGGGUGCACACACCACCUUCGCACCUGGUCCGUACGUGAAGGAAACCGAAAGUGCGUACAGUGCAGUGCCAUCCGUUGCGGGAGAAAGUGCAACAUCAGCCGCGGGAGUAGCAGCAUCAUCUCUGAAAACACCGAAACUCCUACUAUUGAGUGGCGGCAUUGUCAACCGAAAGGUGGCCAAUGUGAGGCCGAUUCUGGCCAAAUCCCCGCUCAGCCGUAACAACAGCAACAGUAGCGGCAUGGCUACCUACCAGGCCGCCGGAGCCACCUACCAGGAGCAGAAGCAGAUCCUGGCGAAUCGAACGAACCCCUUCUACGAGACCAUUGCCGCGCCAGUGGCCAGCCUGAUGAUGCCCUCGCCCUCGGGCAAGUCCAAUUCCUCCACCGGUUCCGCAGCCACCAAUAGUUCCUCCUCCGGCGAAGAAGGGUAUCAACGUUUCUCUAAUAUCUAUGAGCAAGUGCAGCCAGCACCGAACAAUCAGCCCUCGGAGAGUGUUGAGACUGCCUCGCCCUUCCAGCGCAGUGCGCCCAUCUACUGGACCCUGCAGAACCGGCGCAGCCAGCCAAGGCCACAGCCCACGAGCGGGGUGACCUGCCGAGACGACCUCUAUGCCACGCCCAUACGCCGGGCCGAUCGUCUGCCGCGGCCGGUUGCGACAGCAGCCAGCGACGGGAAUCGCAGCAACAUAUCGCCAAUCGUGCCAAGGAACCGCAGCGGCGGUGCCUUCCUCACCUCCACGCCCACACGGGGAGGCCUAGUUGGGGGAGGCGGCGAGGGAGAGAACUCCGGCGCACAGGUGCCCCCGAUGAAGCAGCCCCCGAGGAACUGGAGCGACGACUCCCCCGAGCGCCUGAACACCUGUGCCGACCGAAUCGGUCAGAGCAAGACCACACUGUUGGACUUCAAGAAGCUGCUUCUGGCCAAGUCCGCCAAGGCAAGUCCGGUUCAGCGAAAGGUCUCCGCCGUGGAGCUCCUCAAGAAGUCGUCGGCUGCAGCCAGCCCACCCCCUCCCCAGCCGAAGCCAAUUACCGUGGGCCAGAAAGUGGCGCCCGGAAAGCCCACCCUGAACUCCAGCCUCAAGCUGUUGGAUUUGAGUGGAUCCCCCAAGACGUUCGCCAACCGGAGGAUGCUGCGCCAGGGGCAGUUCGGCUCGCCCUCCAAGACAUUCGCGCCCAAGAUUCGGGGUCCCGUUAAUGCGGUGACUGCUGCAUCGGCGCCUGCACGGACGGACAUUAUGUCCACCACCAUACCGGAGGCCAACAGCGAGGAGGACAACUCGAACACCAGCGGGGGCUCCAGGGCCAGUUCCGAGGCGGGGGACACCAAGCCCACCCUCUCCACCUACGAUCUGAGGCGGAACUUCUUCCUGCAAACCGAGGAGAACAAUUUCAUGCGAGGAGAAUUGAAGUCGAGCUUUGCCAGGACAACAAACGGAGCAGGAGGCGGAGGAGGAGGAUCGGGAGCAGGGUCAGCAGUAUCUGCGGCAAUCGGAGGAGCUGCCAGCGCCGAGAGCAACAAGUGUGUGCCGGCUCCGGUGGCGAAUCCAGCGCUGCCAUCGUUUGAGACGGCUCUGUAAGGAAUCGGGUCUAACCCACUUCUGAAGCCAGGAGGCAGAUAUAGAUAUACACAUAUACAUAUUCCAUAAGUAACGAUCCGAGAAUCGAGAAAUGAGCAAUUCCCUUCCGUAGCCACGCCGAAAUUGCAUUUAUUGACGAACGGAAACGAGUCAGAAGCGAUGCUACUUUAUGCAACUUAUACAUAUAUCAGAAUAUAUAUAGGUAUAUAUAUAUAGAAAUAUACAACACCUUUAUGAAGUAACUGUAUUUUUUAAAUUGUGCUGCUUGUAUAAACCGAGAUGAUGUUUUAUACACGAAUACGAAUCGUCUGUACACCUAUACAACAUAUUUAUUUGUAAUUUUACGUUAUUUAUUGCAUUUAUGUAUUACGCCACACGCAUUGCUCUUUGUUUUGUACGUCUACGAACUAAGGAGACCAGCAAAUAAAUAAUAAACAUUGGAUAACACACUUGA